ACAUCUCGUCUCAGCCAAUGAGCGUCCUCCUGCCUGUCAGCGGCCGUCCUCCUGACGUGCAUCACAUGUCUCAAGCGACGCGCGGUUGUGGGAGGGAUUUCUCUGCAGAUUGGAGGAGCAAGAUAGACGGCAGAGUGAGUCUGAGGGAGACCGAGAGAGUGAGGGGGAUCUCUGAGGCACCGUUCGGAGAGCAUUGUCUCCUUGGGCUGAUUGUGUGAGGUUUCGUUCACAAUGAAAGCAGCGCCACAGGCUGAGGGGAAUGGCUUGUGAAUUAUCCCAGUCCUGCCACCUGCAGUCGGGCAUCCUCCUCCUCCUCCACUGAAGGACGUCAGUUGUUUAUGGGAACUACUGGCAUUGGUCUCCUGAGGAUAUAGCUCUCCUUUUGGGACGCCAUUUUUCCACCCUUGCUGAGACGCGGUGUAGCCGGGAGACAUGGCUAACAACUCAUACAGCGGGGUGAAGAACUCUGUGGCCGAGCCCAAUCACGAUGGAGAGUUCGGCUGCUCGCUUAAAGAGCUGCGCUCUCUCAUGGAACUGCGAGGGGCUGAAGGAUUACAUAAAAUCCAGGAAACUUAUGCGGACGUUAAUGGACUUUGCAACAGACUGAAAACAUCGCCCGUAGAUGGAUUAAGUGGGCAGCCUUCAGAUAUCGAAAAAAGAAAAGUAGUAUUUGGACAGAACUUUAUACCUCCGAAAAAGCCAAAAACCUUUCUUCAGUUAGUAUGGGAAGCAUUACAAGACGUAACAUUGAUUAUUUUGGAAGUGGCAGCAAUAGUUUCUUUAGGCCUUUCUUUUUAUAAACCUCCGGAUUCAGAAAAUAGAAAUUGCGGGAAGGCAGCGGGUGGAGUAGAGGAUGAAGGAGAAGCUGAAGCCGGCUGGAUAGAAGGAGCAGCUAUCCUCCUAUCUGUUAUUUGCGUGGUGCUCGUGACGGCCUUCAACGACUGGAGCAAAGAGAAGCAGUUCCGUGGCUUACAGAGCCGCAUUGAACAAGAGCAGAAGUUUACGGUGGUUCGGGGAGGGCAAGUCAUUCCGAUCCCUGUGGCCGAGAUUGUCGUCGGGGACAUUGCACAAAUUAAAUAUGGUGACCUCCUGCCUGCUGACGGCGUUCUCAUCCAGGGCAACGACCUCAAAAUAGAUGAGAGCUCUUUAACUGGAGAGUCUGACCAUGUGAAGAAAUCGUUGGAGAAAGAUGCUAUGCUGCUGUCAGGUACUCAUGUCAUGGAGGGCUCUGGAAAAAUGGUUGUCACUGCUGUCGGAGUCAAUUCCCAAACUGGAAUCAUCUUCACGCUAUUGGGAGCGGGAGAAGAUGAUGAGGACGAGGAGGAGAAAGAGGAGAAGAAGAAAGAAAAGGAGAGAAAGAAAGAGAAGAAAAAUAAAAAGCAGGAUGGCUCUGUGGAGAACAGAAAGAAAGCUAAAGCCCAGGAUGGUGCUGCAAUGGAGAUGCAGCCUCUAAACAGUGAUGAAGGGGCUGAUGGUGAGGAGAAGAGAAAAGCCAACUUGCCAAAGAAAGAGAAAUCAGUUUUGCAAGGGAAACUGACCAAAUUAGCGGUCCAAAUCGGAAAAGCAGGUCUGGUGAUGUCAGCUAUCACGGUGAUCAUUUUGGUGGUGCUUUUCGUGAUGGACACUUUUUGGAUCCAGGGACUUCCUUGGGAAAAAGAUUGCACUCCCAUUUACAUCCAGUUCUUUGUUAAGUUCUUUAUCAUCGGUGUGACCGUGCUGGUGGUGGCUGUUCCUGAGGGUCUUCCGCUGGCUGUAACCAUCUCGCUGGCUUACUCUGUCAAAAAAAUGAUGAAAGACAAUAAUUUGGUGAGGCAUCUUGAUGCCUGCGAAACCAUGGGCAAUGCAACAGCCAUCUGUUCGGAUAAAACAGGGACUCUGACUAUGAACCGGAUGACAGUUGUUCAGGUUUUUAUCGCUGAUAAGCACUACAGGAAAGUCCCUGAGCCCGAUGUCAUUCCUUCCAAAAUCAUGGACAUGCUUAUACUGGGCAUCAGUGUGAACUGUGCUUACACCACCAAAAUCAUGCCCCCUGAGAAGGAGGGAGGCCUGAAUCGUCAGGUGGGCAACAAAACUGAAUGUGCCUUGCUGGGCUUUGCCUUGGACUUGAAAAAAGAGUAUCAAGCAAUUCGCAACGAAAUCCCUGAAGAGAAGCUCUACAAGGUCUACACCUUCAACUCUGUCAGGAAAUCCAUGAGCACCGUGCUAAAGAAUCCUGACGGAAGCUUCCAGAUGUUCAGCAAAGGAGCCUCCGAGAUUCUGCUGAAGAAGUGUUAUAAAAUCCUGACAGCGACGGGCGAGGCAAAGGUUUUUCGGCCCAGAGACAGAGACGACAUGGUGAAGAGAGUGAUUGAACCAAUGGCCUCCGAGGGCUUGAGGACCAUCUGCCUGGCUUACAGGGACUUCCCUGCCUCUGAAGGUGAACCAGACUGGGAUAACGAGAGCGAUAUCCUGACCAGGCUCACCUGUGUGUGUGUCGUGGGCAUUGAAGACCCAGUUCGACCAGAGGUCCCUGAUGCCAUUAGAAAGUGCCAGCGUGCUGGAAUCACGGUGCGCAUGGUCACCGGGGACAAUCUUAACACUGCCCGCGCUAUUGCAAGUAAAUGUGGCAUCCUGCAGCCAGGAGAUGACUUUCUCUGCUUGGAGGGCAAGGAGUUCAACCGCCGGAUCCGUAAUGAAAAGGGAGAGAUCGAACAAGAGCGGAUUGACAAAAUAUGGCCUAAACUCCGGGUGCUGGCGAGGUCUUCGCCGACAGACAAGCAUACGCUAGUCAAAGGUAUAAUUGAUAGCACCGUUGUGGAGCAGAGGCAGGUUGUGGCGGUAACAGGAGACGGCACCAAUGAUGGCCCUGCCUUAAAAAAGGCCGAUGUUGGGUUCGCCAUGGGCAUCGCCGGCACAGACGUGGCUAAAGAAGCCUCCGAUAUCAUUCUCACUGACGACAACUUCAGCAGCAUCGUCAAGGCCGUCAUGUGGGGGCGGAACGUGUACGACAGCAUUUCAAAAUUCCUCCAGUUCCAGCUCACCGUCAAUGUGGUGGCUGUGAUCGUGGCCUUCACUGGAGCUUGCAUCACACAGGACUCUCCUUUGAAAGCUGUACAGAUGUUAUGGGUAAAUCUGAUUAUGGACACAUUUGCCUCUUUGGCCUUGGCCACUGAACCCCCCACUGAAUCUCUUCUGCUGAGGAAGCCUUACGGCCGUAAUAAACCCCUCAUCUCCCGGACAAUGAUGAAGAACAUACUGGGUCAUGCGGUCUACCAGCUCACUAUCAUCUUCACUCUACUUUUUGCUGGUGAAAAGAUGUUCGACAUCGACAAUGGCCGUAACGCCCCUCUUCACGCUCCUCCUUCUGAGCAUUACACCAUCGUCUUCAACACUUUUGUCAUGAUGCAGCUGUUCAACGAAAUCAACGCACGAAAGAUCCAUGGAGAACGAAAUGUUUUUGAAGGCAUUUUCAACAACAUGAUCUUUUGUACAAUCGUCUUUGGGACUUUUGUUAUUCAGAUCAUCAUAGUGCAAUUUGGAGGAAAGCCAUUCAGCUGUGUGGGGCUGAGCAUUGAGCACUGGCUAUGGUGCAUCUUCUUAGGCUUUGGAUGUCUUCUGUGGGGACAGAUCAUCUCCUCGAUUCCGACGAGCCGGCUGAAGUUCCUGAAGACUGCCGGUCAUGGAACGCAGAAGGAAGAAAUCCCAGACGAGGAGUUGGAGGAGCUGGAGGACCUGGAUGAAAUCGAUCACGCUGAGCGCGAGCUCCGCAGGGGGCAGAUCCUCUGGUUCAGAGGCCUGAACCGCAUUCAGACUCAGAUGGAUGUUGUGAGUGCGUUCCAGAGCGGAAUUUCCUUUCAGGCGGCCGUCAGGCGCCAGCCCUCCAGCACCAGCCAACAGCACGAUAUCCGAGUGGUGAAUGCAUUCCGCAGCUCGCUGUCGCCCUAUGAGGGCCUGGAGAAGCCAGAGUCCCGCACCUCCAUCCACAACUUCAUGACCCAUCCGGAGUUCCGGAUAGAGGACUCGGAACCCCACAUCCCGCUCAUCGACGACACGGACGCGGAGGACGACGCCCCCACUAAGAGAAACGCCACACCCACGCCUCCUCCCCCACCCUCGCCCAAUCAGAACAAUAACGCCGUUGACAGCGGCAUCCACCUCUUCCUGGAUCCCAGCAAGCCAGCCACACCCUCAGCUCCCGGGAGCCCCAUGCACAGCCUAGAGACGUCCCUUUGAUUAUCUCCGCCCCUCGGUACGACACACAACACCUGUUUGUCUCCACAGAGACUGAUGCCUGGAGAACUCAUUGGAUGAGAGGGGCGGAGCCAAGGAGCUCUCGGGAGCUUAGCUCAUAGGCUUUUGCUUCUCUUUAUCUGGAUGGUGUUGUACAUUUGCUCUUUUUUGCCCUUUGCUUAUUCAAACACUGAUUUCUGCAUCAUUUGGCUGUUAAUAUUUUGAAUUAUUAUUAUUAUUAUUAUUAUUAUUAUUAUUUAUGUUUUGGUUUUUUUUUGUUUUUUUAAUUUUUUUGAAAGACAAAGAUUUGUCUGUUUACAAAGUUUGUAGAUACUUUUUUUUUUCUUCUGUUCGUUGGUGGAAGAGCUUCCUGAUGCAGAGAAAUGGGGACAAAUAAGAGAAAUAUUUCAGAUACUGCUGUAUUUUCAGGAAAAAAGGGUGUUUCUAUUGGAAACCGAACUAUUUUUGCCUGCUUUUAUUUGUUAUAUAUUUGUAGAUGUAUAGAAACCUUCAAGCCAAAUAGAUAACACUAAGGCUUGUAUAGCAGUGUGAGCAGAGGUAUUGAGGUCCAUGGGAGGUUUUUUUCAUUGGACGGGUGAGGGGAGGAAGCCGUAGAUUUGGAUCUCUGUCCGUAAAUCUCCUCUCAUACUUACUACUUCACCCCUUAAUUCAUCGUUGGGUUUAUUUUUUAGUUACGAGACUUUUCGUGUCUCGUUCUCUUUGGAAGUAUCUGGCUGGAGCUGGAGUCUUCACGCUUUUUAAUGGUGUGAUUUAAAAUUUUUUUUUUUGAAGUGAAGGCCACACCAGGUCCGCCUUUGAAGAAUUAACGCAUCUGUUAUUUAACUAUUUGAAAUGGUCCACAGUCAGUUCAUUGACAUCAAGACAUUAAGUUCCUGCCAAUGUAUCAUAAGUUUGUUUACUCAGGCUGAAAAACAUUAACUAGAAAAUUGAAUUGAAAAGGAUGCAAUGAUUAAAAAGUAAAGCAUUUUAACUUAAGAUUGUCUUUUAGGUAGUAAAUUGCUGUCUCGGUUAAAAGGAAAAAUAAUAAAAAGGAAAAUGAUUAACUUUGUUUUCAAUUUUUUUUUUUUUUUUUUUUUUGGAUUCUUUAAAGAUUUCCUCAAGUGUUUUGUUUGUUGAUCAUAUGAAAAAUGAAAGUUUGUACUUUAUAUUUUCCUUCAUAUUCCAUAAAGAUUGCUGUCCUUGCUGCAAUUGUUUGUAGAAUAUAUUUAAGACCUGAAAUACUGGAAAGGAAUCAACAUGAAGCAUUUUCAAGGCGACAUGCGUGUAACACUGGUAUCACAGCACAGGGUACUUUAUUUCAGAUUCCCAAGGAACAUUUUGAUACAGACCAUAUAAAUAAAUUGUAUUUUUAUGCGGAAAUGACGACAUCUCAACCUGCUGAACCAGACCUACAGGGAUUUUACAUAAAUUAUAUUCACGGGGGGGGGGGCGGGGCAUUCUUUAAACAAGGGUCGUGAUUGGUUCUCCAAGUAAUAUAAUACUCAGGGUGGCUUCUAGCAUGAAACUUAUGGUCAAAAUACUAACAUGCUUUGUGUUUUUUGUAAUGUUUAGAAGUAGAUUUUUUUUUUUUCUGGCAGCAGGGUUCCAGUUCAGACUGUUGCUUCUCUCCAUUAGGGUUCAUUAAGGGUGUAAUAAAGGAGAAGAAAGGAAGACAAACAGGAGAAAGGGAUUUGCAUUUCUUCAGUCAUUGCAACUGCACAUUUUUUUUUUUUUUUUUUUUCGUUUUUU